AUGGCUGAUUUGUUUGACGUUUUCGAUGAAAAGCCUCAAAAUAUUGAGACUUUGAAGCAUGAAAAUUUGAUUAAGACUGAGAAGACGAAGGAGGAUAAUACACACAAGAGCAAACAGGAGAAAAGAAAUUUUAAGGACUCAACCGAUUCAGAAAACUCCAGGAAAAAACAGCAUCUUGAGGAAGAACCUGCAAAUUUAAGCAAGAAAAAAGAGGAUGUACAUCCAAUCGUUGCAGACGAUUUAGAAAUCGAAGCUUUAAGAGAAGUCAAUGCUUCUGAUGGAUUACUCGGAGAAGUUAAACGGAAAACCGCUGAUAAUGGUGCUCAGACACUUGAUAAAGGUGAUUCUGAUACAGAUAAGAAGCAGAAGGUGAAGUUAAAACAUCAGGUGAGACAUCAAGUAGCUGUUCCCCCAGGUUAUAAGUAUAUCCCGAUUGGUCAACACAAAAGGAAGAACGAUGCAAAGACAUAUCCUUUUAAACUUGAUCCUUUCCAGGAUACAUCCAUCUCAUGUAUUGAUCGUAAUGAAUCUGUUUUGGUUUCGGCACAUACUUCCGCAGGUAAGACAGUGGUGGCAGAAUAUGCAAUUGCUCAAUCCCUUAGAGACAAGCAGAGGGUGAUAUAUACGGCCCCAAUUAAAGCUCUUAAUGUUGGUUUAAUGACAGGUGAUGUUACGAUAAAUCCGGACGCGGGUUGUCUUGUGAUGACAACUGAAAUUUUGAGGUCUAUGCUUUAUAGGGGUUCCGAGGUUAUGAGAGAAGUUGCAUGGGUUAUAUUUGACGAAGUGCAUUAUAUGCGCGAUAAAAUUAGAGGUGUGGUUUGGGAAGAAACUAUCAUUAUGCUACCGGAUAAGGUCCAUUAUGUGUUUUUAUCAGCAACUAUUCCAAAUGCAAUGGAAUUUGCCCAGUGGAUUUGUAAGAUUCAUAAUCAACCCUGUCAUAUUGUUUAUACAGAUUUCAGACCAACUCCAUUACAACACUAUUUGUUUCCGGCAAAUGGCGAUGGCAUCUACUUGGUUGUCGACGAAAAAAGCAAUUUCAGGGAAGAGAAUUUCCAGAGAGCCAUGGCAUGCAUUACAAAUCAUGAAGGUGAUGACCCUGGUUCUAUAAAUUCACGAAAGGGUGGCAAAUCUUGGAAGGGAGGUGUACAUGAUAGCAAAUCUGAUAUUUAUAAAAUCGUCAAGAUGAUUUGGAUGAAAAAAUACAAUCCAGUAAUAGUUUUUUCGUUUUCCAAGAGGGAUUGCGAGGCACUAGCAAUGAAGAUGUCGAAAUUAGAUUUCAAUACCGAAGAUGAAAAGAAAAUGUUAACGAAAAUUUUUCAUAACGCCAUCGAUUUGCUUUCGGAUGAGGAUAAAGAGCUUCCCCAAAUUAAGAAUAUUCUUCCCUUGUUAAAAAGAGGUAUAGGCAUUCAUCAUUCUGGUUUGCUACCAAUAUUGAAGGAAAUCAUAGAAAUUUUAUUCCAAGAAGGAUUCUUGAAGGUACUUUUUGCUACAGAGACCUUUUCUAUUGGAUUGAAUAUGCCUGCUAAAACUGUCGUGUUUACCUCAGUUCGGAAAUGGGAUGGUACUGAAUUCAGAUGGGUUUCUGGUGGUGAGUAUAUUCAAAUGUCAGGUCGUGCCGGUAGAAGAGGAUUGGACGAUCGAGGAAUCGUUAUAAUGAUGAUUGACGAGAAGAUGGAACCUCAGGUGGCGAAAGGUAUGCUUAAAGGUCAGGCAGAUCGUCUUGAUUCCGCAUUUCAUUUGGGAUACAACAUGAUUUUGAAUCUUCUUAGAGUUGAAGGUGUCUCACCAGAGUACAUGAUGGAGAAUUCCUUUUAUCAAUUCCAGAAAACAGAAUCUGUUCCUAAAAUUCAGAAUCAAAUACAGGAACUAAAAGACGAAGUUUCUGCAUCACAUAUAGAUCAUUAUGACGAUAUUAAGGAGUACUAUGAUUUAAAAGAGCAGCUUACUAGAUACGGUGAAGAUGAACGCAAAAUAAUUACUCAUCCUUCGCAUAUCUUACCACAUUUGAAGAGUGGAAGGAUUAUUAAUGUGAAGGUGGGAAAUCAGAAGUUUGGUUGGGCUAUAGUUAUUGACUAUCAUAAACGUAAUCGUCAGAGACGUUUUUCUGAGAAUUAUAGCGACCAUGAUUCAUACUUGGUGGAUGUGUUUGUCAAUACCAUGUUUGAGGAUGCUCCAUUAAAAUUGAUUAAACCUUUUAGCCCAUUACUGCCAUCUGGUGUUCGGCCUGCUACAAAGAAGGAGAAAUCAACCAUAGCAAUAAUUCCAAUCACGCUAAAUUCAAUUCAGGAAAUUAGUAGUUGCAGGUCUAUUAUGCCCAAGGACAUUAAAAAUUCUCGUUCUCAAAAGACAUUGGACAAAGCCUUAAAAGAAAUUGUCAGAAGACAUCCAAAUGGUCUACCUAUUCUCAAUGCUAUCAAAAAGAUGCAUAUUAAUGAUAAGGAUUUCCUGCAGUUAGAAAAAAAGAUUUCAAUUUUGAAAAAAAAGGUUUCAAGCACAUCCAUCGCUAAUUCCCCAGAUCUUGAAGAAUUAGUCGAGCAGUACUCCAAGUUUGUGAGUAUGAAAAAUAACAUAAAGAUUCUUGAAACAAAGAACAAGGAAGUUCAAUCCAUUAUUCAGCUUGAUGAUUUAAAACAUCGUAAAAGAGUUUUAAGGAGACUUGGCUUUAUUUCACAAGAUGACGUUGUUCAAAUGAAAGGCAGGGUUGCUUGUGAGAUUAGUACAGGGGACGAAUUGUUACUCACUGAAUUAAUCUUCAAUGGAAUCUUUAACGAACUUAAACCUGAGCAAUGUGCUGCACUACUUUCAUGCUUUGUUUUUGAAGAAAGAUCGAACGAGGUUCCACGGCUUACUCCAGAGCUUGCAGAACCGUUGAAGACACUAAGAGAAAUGGCAACAAAAAUAGCCAAGGUGUCUCGUGAGUGUAAGAUUGACAUGAUCGAGAAGGAUUAUGUUGAAUCCUUCAGAUACGAGCUUAUGGAGGUUGUAUUAUCGUGGUGUAAGGGUGCAACAUUUACUCAAAUUUGUAAGAUGACCGAUGUAUACGAGGGUUCUUUGAUCAGAAUGUUCAGAAGGCUAGAGGAGAUGAUAAAGCAGUUAGCUGACGCUGCAAAGACAAUCGGAAAUGUUGCAUUGGAGCAGAAAAUGAACCAAAGCUAUGAGCUUGUUCAUAGGGACAUAGUUUCUGCAGGAUCAUUAUAUCUCUGA